AUGGAGAUUGUUUCGUCCAUUGUUGCAAAAGUUGCAGAGCCGAUAGUAGACUACACCGUGGCACCCAUUGCAAGGCAAGUGGGUUAUUUGAUUUUCUACGAAGACAAUUUCAAGAAUCUCAAGGAUCAAGCUGCGGUGCUGAAGAGAGCAAAGGACACUAUUUGUGAUGAAGUGGAAGCAAAAAGAAAAAGUGCACAUCAAAUUUGUGAUGAUGCACAGAACUGGUUGAACAAAGCGGAUAAAAUUAUAGAAGAGGUAGAGAAAGUUGGUAAUGAUCCUUGUCAUAAGAAUGCUGGUUGCUGCAGGUGGCCUUUUCCUGAUUUAAAGUCACGACAUCAACUGAGUAGAAAAGCAAAGAAGAUGGCUGGAGACGUUGCUGAAGUAAUGCAGGGAAAAGAUAACAUUCGUCGACUUACAUUCUUGCCUGAUCUAGAGGUAGUAGGCUCCACUUCUGCUGCAAGCAUUGAAAAGCUCGGGUCAAGAAAGAAAAUGAAGGAGGAAAUUAUCUUGGCCCUCAAAGACCCCAACUUCAGCCGGAUCGGGGUCUAUGGGCUUGGCGGAGUGGGGAAAACCACUCUAGUUGAAGAAAUUGCCAGGCAGGUUAAAGAUCACAAGUUGUUUGAUGAAGUUGUUAUGGUUAAUAUAUCCCAAACUGCAGAACUUGAAAGAAUUCAACGUGAAAUGGCAGAUCUUUUGGGUCUUCGGUUUGAGGAGACGAGCAUACCUGGAAGAGCAUUCCGCCUCAGGCAAAGGCUUACAUAUGGGAAGAGUAUCCUCGUCAUAUUGGACGAUAUUUGGGAUGUACUCAAAUUAGAAAAGCUUGGAAUUCAUUUGAAUGAUCAGAAGGUUUGCAAACUAUUGUUGACUUCUAGAAAUCAAGAAAUAUUACGGAAAAUGAAAACUCAAAAAGAUUUCUUGAUAGAUGUUUUAAAUGAAGAUGAAGCUUGGAUAUUGUUUGAAGAUAUGGUGGGUGAUGUUGUUAAAGAUGUUAGUUUGCAUGAUGUGGCAAUCCAAGUAGCUCAAAAAUGUGCAGGAUUGGUUGUUCUUAUAGUGACAGUGGCAAGAGCAUUAAAAAGUAAAGAUGAUAUUGAUUCUUGGAAAGAUGCCUUAAACCAGCUAAAGACUAUUGAUAACGAAGGGGUGAAUGAGAAAAUCUAUUCGGCUUUGGAGUUCAGCUACAAUCAUCUUGAAGGUGAUGAUGUGAAGGCGCUUUUCUUACUUUGUGGAUUAUUAGGUCCACAAAUUUGUGUCGAUGACUUGUUGACAUAUGGUAUGGGUUUGGGCAUAUUCAAGCAAAUCUAUACUCUAAAUGAUAUAAGACGUCAACUUCAUAGGUUAAUUGGUUCUUUAAAGGCAUCCUGUCUAUUGCUUGAAAACAACUCAAACCAGAAUGUUAAAAUGCAUGAUGUUGUACAUGAAGUAGCAGUCUCAAUUGCUUCAAGAGAUCAACAUGUUUGCAAAAUUAGAAUGGGUGAUGAGCUGGGAAAAUGGCCGUCAGAGGAAUUCUUUCAAGGAUGCACUCAAAUCAUGUUAGACAGGUGUUACAUUCCAAAGCUUCCUGAAAGGUUAGAGUGUCCAAAUAUUAAACUUUUCUGCUUGGAUAAUACGAAUGAAUCUUUAAGUGUUCCAGAAUCUUUUUUUGAGGGAAUGAAAAACCUCAAAGCAUUAGGUUUUUCCGGCAUGCAUUUACCUUCAUUGCCUCAAUCUUUUCAUUCUCUCAUUGACCUUCGAGCACUUUGUUUAUAUGGUUGUACUUUGGGAGACAUGACUAAUAUUGGAGCUUUAACAAAUUUGAAAAUUCUCAACCUUAACGGAUCAUCUAUGACAACAUUGCCUAAGAAACUAGGGCAAUUAACUCAACUUAAGAUGUUGAAUUUGACUGAUUCUGGAAUUGAAAUCUUCCCUCCCAACAUUAUAUCAAACUUGACCAAAUUGGAGGAGUUGUAUUUGGGCAGUACGUCCAUCAAAUGGGACCAAGGAGAUUUAAUUGAGGACAACAAAAAUGCUUCGCUUUCUGAACUUAGGCAUUUGACAAACUUGACUAUUUUAGAAAUUCAAAUCAAAGGGGCUUGGGUUCUGCGAAGGGACAUAAUGUUUGACAAACUGGAAAGAUACAAAAUAGUGAUAGGAGACUUCUGGGAAUGGUCUGAUAAUUAUGGGGCCUCCAAAAUAUUGAAGCUCAAGCUUGCUACUGUCAUUCAUUUGGAGCAUGGGGUUAAAGAACUUAUUAAUAGAGCAGAGGAUUUGUACUUGGAUGAAGUAAAUGGAAUCUCUGAUGUGCUUUACCAUUUGAAUGGGGAAGGAUUUCCUUUGUUAAAGCACAUUCGCAUACAAAAUAACGGGGAAAUUCAACACAUCAUUAACUCAAUGGAGAGAAAAUUAAGUCAUGUUUUCUUCCCAAAAUUGGAGGCAUUAACACUUCAGAAUCUAAAUAAAUUGGAGAACAUAUGUCAUGGCUCAUUUGCAAAAAAUUCGUUUGCAAAACUUAGAUACAUCAAAGUCAAAUGUUGUGACCAGUUGAAGUAUCUCUUGUCAAUGUUGAUGGUCAAAGCUCUUUGCCAUCUUGAUGAGAUUGAAGUUUCAGAUUGCAAUUCUAUGAAGGAGAUUGUGUUUAUAGAAAAUUCCUUCCCAAACUCUGUAACUGUUGAUGACGAUAAUGAGUUUUGUUCAUUGCGAUCCUUGACAUUGCGAUAUCUGCCAGCCAUUGAGGGUUUCUACUGUGGUAUGUUGACGUCUUCAACAACAACCAAGCAGAACUUGUCAUCCCACACUAAUGUUCCGUCAUCUUUUUUUAAUGCAAAGGUUAAGUUUUCUAAUUUGGAGACACUAAAGUUGAGUUCAAUCCAUCUACGUAAUAUAUGGCACGAUGAUCGCCUCUUUGUAGCCAAUUCUUUUCACAAGUUGGCUAAACUGAGUGUUGAGAACUGUAACAGCUUGAAGUAUUUAUUCUCGGCUUCAAUGGUUGGGCUUCCAAAAUUGGAGGCUGUCGUAAUAAGCAACAUGAAAAGGUUAAAGAAAGUAUGGCACUCCCAAUUUGAUGGGCUCAAGACUAUGGAGGUGAAUAAUUGUGAGAAACUUGAGAAUAUUUUCCCAUCUGAUAUGCACACAACAUUUGAAAGAAUGGAGACAUUGAAGGUCAGUGAUUGCUAUUCUGUGAAAGAGAUAUUCCAAUUACCUGCCAAUGAAGAGGACACAAGGCAGACACAAGUCACACAAUUGAAGAAACUCUAUCUACUUCGCUUGCCCAAUUUGAAACAGAUAUGGAGUAAGGAUCCCCAAGGAACCUUCCGCUUUCAUAAUCUCCAAGAUGUCCAUGUUGAAGACUGUGCAACUUUAGAAUAUCUCUUCCCAUUUUCAAUAGCCCUGGAUCUUGACCAUCUCGAACAACUCACAUUGAAAUUUUGUGAAAUGGAUGCAAUUGUAGCAAACAAGGAAGGACCUAUGGAGGAUGAAGCCAUAUUUCACUUUGAUCGAUUAUACUACUUGCAGAUUUGGAGCAUGCGUCAACUUGACAGGUUUUAUAGUGGAAGUCACAGUUUAAUGUGCCCAUCAUUGAGAAUUUUAGAUGUCUUAGGAUGUGCGCAAUUGAAGCUAUUGGGGAGGCAGAGUACAAUUAACCAAAGAAAGAAUGGUGAUGACCAGAAUUCGCAUCUCUACUUUGCGCAACAACCUCUCUUUGUAAUUGAAGAGGUGAUUCCUAAGUUGGAAGAGUUGACAUUAAAUAACAAGGACGCCAAAUUGAUGUUGAUAGACCCACAGUGGAAGGACCACUAUUUGAGUAAAUUGAAGCGUCUUCGAAUGUCCAAUUUUGAUGAUAAACUAGCAGCAACUUUUCUUGACUCGAUUGUACAAAAGGCACCAAACUUGAAAGAUCUAAUUAUUGAACAUAGUUCCUUAAGGAAGGAUGCAAAAUCGACCCAAUUCUUGAGGUUCUUGAAGUUUUAUGUGUUGAAAAAUGUGCCAAUUUGA